GGAAGAGGCGCAGUCUGCUUCUGAACCUCAGUGUUACAGUCCCUUUAGGACGGGAGAUGCUUGGACCUCUUCAAGGCUGGAAGAGCUGCCGGGGUUGAGCCCCACCUUAGCCUCGGCCUUUCGGUUGUCCGGACUCGCUCCCACCUGAAGAAAUGAGUGGUGGCUUGGCCCCAAGUAAGAGCACUGUUUAUGUGUCCAAUUUGCCCUUCUCCCUGACAAACAAUGAUUUAUAUCGGAUAUUUUCCAAGUAUGGCAAAGUUGUGAAGGUUACUAUAAUGAAAGAUAAAGAUACUAGGAGAAGUAAAGGGGUUGCAUUUAUUUUAUUUUUGGAUAAAGACUCUGCACAAAACUGCACCAGAGCAAUUAACAACAAACAGUUAUUUGGUAGAAUGAUAAAGGCAAGCAUUGCUAUUGACAAUGGAAGAGCAGCUGAAUUCAUCCGAAGGCGAAACUACUUUGAUAAAUCCAAGUGUUACGAAUGUGGGGAAAGUGGACACUUAAGUUAUGCCUGUCCUAAAAAUGUACUUGGAGAACGUGAACCUCCAAAGAAGAAAGAAAAAAAGAAAAAAAAGAAAAUACCUGAACCAGAAGAAAUUGAGGAAGUAGAAGAAAGUGAAGAUGAAGGAGAAGAUCCUGCUCUUGACAGUCUCAGUCAGGCCAUAGCAUUCCAGCAAGCCAAAGUUGAAGAGGAACAGAACAAGUGGAAACCUAGUUCAGGGGGUCCCUCAACAUCAGAUGAUUCAAGACGUCCAAGGAUAAAGAAAAGUGCAUAUUUCAGUGAUGAAGAAGAACUUAGUGAUUAAAAUUGUAUUUAUUAUGUAAAUAGCCUUAAAAUUAAAAAUCGUACU